UUUUGAUUCUCAAGAGUGGGCCACGGUGCCCCAGCCACAACCUACUGUAGAAUGCGGGACGGCAAUUCAAAUUAAAUUGCCAAUGCCUUUGUCAGAAUCCAGAGGAAAACUUACUGACCGCAUGCAUGACCGAUCCACACAAAUGCUUCAGGGGUCCAUCUACAACCCCAUCACACAAGAACUAAUAAGCAAAGCAAAGACCCAAAUCCAAAAUUUUCCUGAUGCUGGCAGCUUUGUGUGCUCAGUGUGCCACAAGAUGUUCCCCCUGCAGCGCAUAUUGAUUCGCCAUAUGAAGUGUCAUAGCUUGAUAAAGCGACAUCCUUGUCACUUUUGUGGCAAAGGAUUUAAUGACACUUUUGACCUAAAGAGGCAUAUGCGAACACACACAGGUAUACGCCCCUACAAGUGUGACCUUUGUGAGAAGGCAUUCACACAACGUUGCUCUCUGGAGUCCCAUAUGAGGAAGAUUCAUGGCAUUCACCAGCAGUAUGCUUACCGCCAGAGGCGUUCGAAGAUCUUUGUGUGCGAAGAUUGUGGUUAUACAGCAAGUUGCCCCGAUGAGUACUUUUUCCAUUUAAGACAAAGUCAUCCCAGCAGUCCUGCUCUCCACAGGUACUAUCACCAUUAGGCACAAAACAGCAUCUAUUUAGCAUCUGAAAAGGAUGAAACCAGACCCUAUUUGGUGUACUUUUCAUUUUAUAUAAAAAAAAAUCUCUUUUGUUUGCAAUU